CUGGGACUUGGGGAGUAUGUGGACUCAGGCUGCGCCGUGUUGCGCUAAACAUUUCUUGUAGAAAUCUUGAGAAAGGGACCAGCCAGGGGUGUAAAGACGAUCUACAACCUGCCAAUUGUGACGGGUUGGAUCCCCCUAGCUGUGAGCCAUGCCUCUGGUGACUCGGAACAUCGAGCCGCGGCACGUGUGUCGCCAAACCAUUCCCUCCAACAUCCGCAGUGAGCUAGAGUGUGUCACCAACAUAAGUCUCGCCAACAUCAUCCGCCAACUCGGCAGCCUGAGUAAGUAUGCAGAGGAUGUGUUUGGAGAGCUGUUUGUGCAGGCUGGUGCCUUUGCCAUCAGAGUAAAUACAUUAGGGGAAAGAGUGGACCGUCUGCAGGUCAAGGUCACACAGUUGGACCCCAAAGAAGAAGAAGUGUCUCUGCAGGCCAUCACUACGCGUAAGGCUUUCCGCAGCAGUCUGACCCAGGACCAGCAGCUCUUCACUCGUCCCUCUCUGCCUGCUCCUGUACAGGACACCUACACUGUUUGUGACCCACCCCCUCCCCUCAAUGACCUCAGCAAGUACCGAGAGGAUGGCAAAGAAGCUCUGAAGUUUUACACAGAUCCUUCUUACUUCUUUGACCUGUGGAAGGAAAAGAUGCUACAGGACACGAAGGAUAUCAUGAAGGAAAAGCGCAAACAUAGAAGAGAGAAGAAAGACCAUGUAAAUGCAAGAACGCUCAAUCCACGAAAAGUCAAAACCAGGAAAGAUGAAUGGGAGCGUCGCAAGAUGGGUGAGGAGUUCGUGGUGCCAAAGAAUGACUUCAUGAAUUCUUCAGAAGGUCUUAAUGGCAGUAUUGCCUCUGGAGACGGAUACAAUGAUCUUGAAAUGAGUACAAACUCCUACUCUUAUGAUCCCACCUCCCCUCUCCCUCUACCAAGUGAUGAUUUGCCUCCUCCACCUCCAGACAUGGCAUAUGAUGGGCAGUUUGGAGCUCCAACUCAGAAGGGUUUAAGUGUGCAGAGUCCAAACCACCCCCCUCCUGCUCCCCCCAUGGCCUCUCCUCCAGCUGCUCGUCCAAACCUGGCUCCACCUCCUGCUCCUCCCCCUCCUCCUCCCUCUGGCAUGGCCAUGCCUCCACCUCCCCCUGGAUUUGACCCUCCACCCUCUCCGCCUCCUAUGACCUCCUCCCCUACUCCCUAUAAUGCCCCACCCGCCCCACCUCCUCCUCCAAUGGCUGGGUCCAUCCCCCCACCUCCACCCCCUGCACCCAUGGGUGGUGGUCCACCGCCCCCUCCUCCACCCCCACCUCCUCCUGGACCACCUCCUCCAUCUUUCAAUGGGCCUCCACCUCCUCCCUCUGGAGGUGGCCAGGCACCAGCUCCCAAACCGGCCCCAGCACCAGAACCGGUCAGUGACGCUCGCAGUGACCUGUUACAGGCCAUCCGUCAAGGUUUUAACCUACGAAAAGUUGAGGCCCAGCGUGAACAAGAGAAGAGGGUUGACACUGGGAAUGAUGUAGCGGCCAUCUUGUCUCGGCGUAUCGCUGUGGAGUGCAGUGACAGUGAAGAUGAUUCUUCAGAGUUUGAUGAUGAUGACUGGUCCGAUUGAUCAGCACUCUGUCUCUCACAGCAAUAAUGUGAUUAAAAAUAGAAUUUUAUACACACAAAAAUCUAGCACUAGUUUGACCAAGAAUACAUCGAAGUUGCCAAAAGUAUCUACCAUCAGACACAUUUCAAGACCCAUGUAUUUAUUCCAAUAUAUUAAGCUGACCAAGUCACAAAGGUUUGUGGACCAUAUUUUGUUGCCUUUUUUGGAAAACAUGUGACAAGUUUUAGGGUCUCUUGAUUUGUCUUAAUCUUAAUCGGUAUGAGGUGUGCUGCUCUUGAGGAACAUGUGGCUUUAUCAGAUUUUAGGGAGGAAUAGCAAUAACAAAAGAACUACAUAAACCUGUUGCAUGCAGUUUUUGUGGUCCUUGAUUCCUUUAAUAUAAGUAUGAGUUUAUAAUAAGUAAAGAUGUCUAUUGUUUUUAUUCAAUCGUAAUGAAAACCCUUCAUGCUUUUUCACUCUUGCGAUUGUAGACACUUUUUUAUAUAUGAAUAGAUCAGUUAGUUAUUAGUACAACAGGGAAAUAAUGGCUUGGGUAGAUAAGUACUGGUCUGGAGUAGUAUGAAAACAAUGGUUCGAAGUUGUACAUUAUGAGUGUUUGUUAAGAAAGAAAACACUGGCUAAUCGUGCACAAGUUAGAACUGUCUAGCCAUGUUGUACAUUCCUCAGUAUUUUUUCUUGUAUUACUCUGUACAAUAGGUCUCGUUUCAAAUGCUCUGAAUGCUGCUUUCCCAUCUUUUAAAGUGCCUUUUAUGUGUAAUGCAUUGUACAUUCUUAACACCUUCACUUGCUUUGUAUGUUUUCAAGUGCCUUUAUUUAAAUGUGUUAUUUGUAAACACAAUCAUACAUGUGCACCCACAAAGGUAUCUUCUUCUGCACUAUAUUCCUAUUUGUCCAAAUAAAGAUAUUGAAAUUCA